CAGAACCAGAAAAGGAAGGGAAGAUGGACAGAGAGAGAGAGAGGGGAAUCAGCCCAUCUCGAGGAAAAUGGUCUGCUGCAGUGCUGCUAGUGCUAGUGACUAGUGAGAGUGUUCUCUCAUAACAUCAAGCUCAGCUAAGGUGGACAGUUCAGUAAUAUCAUGUCAAACUUACCGUUCUGAAAAAUGACUCGUAUUCUUUACCUCUCAAUGCCCAUUGCAAUGGCGGGUUUAUGGAUACUCUGAAAAGUCAACAGUCAUCAUCCAAAAGGGUAAGUUUGAAUUUCUUUGAUCCUUGCUGGGCCUCUCUCACUGUCUCUCUCUGUCGCCUUUUGUCUUCUCCAUGAAUGAUGAUUCAUUCGUUCUAUUGAACAGUUACUUGUAAAAUUUACCAAACAACAAAUAUGCUUUGCAUAUGGAUAGAUAUGAAUGUGUUCCCUCGUUCCAAUACAGGUAACAGUCCUCCUCCAACAUCUCCGUUUCGGUUUGGAGACAAAAGUCCGCACUGAUUCAGGAAGUCAUAUUUAACUUAUGAACGGCUCUAUGGAGCUGAGCUGGUUGCGGUUGCUGGCCUCAUGGUUGGUUCGUGCAGCAGUUUUUCGUGUAGCUCUUCUUUUCAUGGAGGGAAAAGAGCUGCUAAACAGAAGGUAAUGGAAAACCCUUUAGCUCUCUUUUGGGCACUCUUUAGUCUUUAUUAGUCUUUCUUUCCCCUGCUUUUCUUCUACUAGCCCCUGUCUUUUGGGUCCCGGGUAAUUCCUGAAUCUCUCUCUCUCUCUCUCUCUCUCUGUCUGUAGAUUCCCUUUCUACACAAAUUUCAUAGUAGAGCACUAGAGCUUCUCACUUCUGAGUUCUCACCUUGUUCCUCGUUCUUUUCCAUGCCCUAUGUAAAGCGACUGGUCACACUUCCAACCAGAGGGUCAAUAUUAUCAUGUAAUGUAAUGGCUUAUUAUAUUGUUAGAUGGAUGUGUAGAUAAUGCAAGUUGGAGGGGUAUAAUUCAUAAAGCAGGAAGAAGAAAGCUUGCCCUAUCCUACAAGAGAUUUGAGACAUAAUCAUGUUUGAAGGGCUCUUUUGAAUUUACGGCUCAAAAAAGCAAGUCUGAAGACCAGAUUUGCAGUAUAUUCCUUCCCUCUGCAGUGUGCCAAGGAAUUAGUUUUUAGGAUAAGCUAUAUAACAGAUAUGUGAUGUGCCAUUGUUGCAGGAAAUCCAACUCUUCUCUGUGAAGUGGAGUGCUUGCUGCUGGGCCCAGCUCCUGAAAGGUUGAGGAAUUUGAUCAGGAUGGGGGUGGAGCUUUUCUUUUUUAUGUAUGUUGCAGCCUGCAGGUGGAGACAUGUAUAGGGUUGCAGUUAGAUACAUGCAUUCAUCAUUGGCUCACAUUAGAGUAAUAUGGUUGGUUGGUUGGACUUUGCUUGUGUGCAAAGAUUCAUUUGCAGGGAUGAAAAAAGGAAGGUACUUUGAAGUCCAAUCACUAUUGUCUCCAUGGGAAUUUCAAUGACUCUACAUGGCAUGAUUAAAUCCAAACAUAGAGUUUAAAUCGAAUAAUUAAGAAACCGAUAAUGAGUAAAGAAUGGUAUAGUUUAUUUCUUAUGAAUGAAUGAAACAAUAGAAUUAACCAGAACUAGCCAUUAGAGUAUUGAUAAGCUCUUAUACAGUGAUAGACAAAUAAGAUUGAUAACAGUGACUAGUAUAUUAUAUACCGCCCUCGAUUGUAAUCAAAACAAUAGGGCUUUGUAACACUACACGAGUAAAGGAUGGAAUAUUGUAGCAGGUGAUGAGAAAUGACAACCAACCACAAUCACGUAUAUAAACCAAUGGAGACUCUGUUACUCUAAUGUCCAAUUAGCUAGACUAAAUAUCGAUUAGCAGACACAAAGAAUGGACGAAAUAUUCCUUUAAUUUGAAAUAUUUCGCUCUCCUUUCUAAUUGUUUGAGCCUAAAAUGUACUAGGCGGUUUAAUAAGGCACAAGCAAAACUUAUGUUCUUGAUGGUGGGUAGUAUUCCUGAACCCUGCAAAACAAGGGUCUGUGGGCGGUCGCCCAUGACACCCUCCAAUGCUUAAGUUAGAGAGAGAAUAUGAAAAUGUGUUUAUGUUUAGAGAGAAGGGAAGUAGUUGAGUUACCAUCAAUGCUAUUGUGGAGGUAUUUAUAUCCGGUUAGGUGAAGUUUAGAUCAUUAAAUGCCCUGUGAGGCGCCCUAAUCAUGUACUGCCCUUUUAUAGGCCGCCUACGACGACUAAUUAAUGCUUAGUCCUGCUUGCUUCGGGUUUAAGUAUCUUAGAGGAUCUCUCCCUCUUGUUAUCAUCAGUGCGUUAUGGCAGGCAAUCUAUGUCUGUCUUCUCUCUAGAGUGACUGCCUAACCUACUUCAUUGUCUGCGGCCGCACUACUCCUGGGUCGAGCCUGUUCGCUUUCCUUGGCCUCUAAAGCCCAAUACUGCUCAACUAUGGACCCAACACUAUUGACAACUUCUUUCUUCUCCCUUUCAAGGUUUCCAUCGACUCCUUUUUAUGAUCGACGGAAGCUCAAACCCUCCUUUUUCGUUUACGUUUUCAUUGUAUUUCCGUGCUCACACUCCUCUUGAUUUUGGUGUAGGCAAUUUUCCCUCGGAUUUUUUUAGUUUUGGCAUUUUUCUUCUAUAUCCGAUGUGGCUUAUCGAUUUCAUCUCCACUUGGGAGCCUCAUUCAGAUUGUGUGGUGGUUGGUCUCCUAGUUUGGUGAUUUCGUUGUGUUCGGUGAAGCCAUUCACUAUUUUCUCCCUCCAACCUCCCCUGGUUGUUUGUACUGGUUGGUCGGUCAUCGAACUGUGGGGGUAUGGUCUUCAAGCGUUCAGCUCCUUCGGGUGGUUGUUUUCACGUUGUGUUUCGCUUUCCUUUGAUGUAUCUCUCAAACACGACUUGUUUUCAACUGUUUGCCUUGAGAUUACUCUUAUUUUAAAUUCAGUGUGUUUCAUUUUGUUCUGUCUCUAUAAUCGAUCAUUCAAAGUUCAAUACAAGAUUCCUUUUGACGUAAUAAAAGUAUAAAACUCUAUAAAUGAUCAUAAUGAUCAUCCAAUGUGAAAGCUUACUCGGAUUUCGGAGGACGAGGAUUAAGCUGAUUUAAUCAUAAUUUUGUAAUGUAGGGCUAUGGUGAUUUGAUAUCCCCUAUGGCAUAUGUGUAGUCUUAUAGGGUGAAAGACAUUUUUCUUUCCCCUAUACAAAUCCACAUGAUAAAAGCGAGAACAUGGUUGCAUGACUUGAUAGUGGUACUGAAAGCCUGAGCAAGUGAGGCACACCACUGAUCAUUGAUCACUUUUUUGACCGUUUUGGUUUGAGAGCCUCCCCACUUGUCUUGACUACUAUUCCAAAUAGUACAACUAAUUGUCAAAUCCAUUGGCCGUUUGCACAUCAAUCCGAAGCAAUAACCUUUCUUUCUCACGAACGAGGUUGUGGUCGAGUGAUUGUGCUAUUGAUUUUCAAUCCGAAACCCGAAAAUUAGAAGAUCAAGAAUAAUGCUCAUUUUCCCUUUCCUCAUCUAUCCCGCAACACACAUCUAAUAGGUUUUUGUUUAUAAAACGAAACCCUUCCCGCCUUUAUAUGAAGAAUCUCUUCAUAUAUACUCCCAAAAUCAUCAAUCAUCACAGCUUGAUUUAAGAGACAAGGUGUGCAGGAAUGCACUGAGAAUUCGUAUACUCAUUCAAGAUUGAGUAGCUUGUACGUAGCUAGCUGGUUAACUUGCACGUACAAUGUUUCUAACUGAAUCGAAUCGUAUAUGCAUUUGAAAUCCGUUUUGAAAAAAACUCGUGUUAUAGUUUGAGAUUUCGAACUAGUAAGCGACCUUCAUUUCUAAAAUCGAUAUUAUAUAACAAUUCAAUCGUGAAAGUAUCUGAUCCUGUAACAUUAUCGUAUAUCAACAUGGGAAAAUGACAAUUUGGUUAUGAGUAUGAUGAAAUAUUAUCCUCCAGCAUUAUUCGAUGCUAUUGACUUUUCAUUUGGUGGUUUCUUAUCCCACGUUCAACAAGAGACAACUUUUGUGUAGUUUUUAUGGGGGAAGAGUGGGCAUACCCUCUAAAAUUCAAGACUCGCCUAUACGGCUAUACCCAAUAGUCACUUGUUUUUAACAUCUAACCAAACGUUACCUCACUUUUACACCAAUUAACCAAUUAACUAUAGAAAAAUGCCAUCCAAACUUCCUAAACCAAGCCCAACUCAACCCUUGACUCACCAAAGCCCAAUAGCCCCAUCUUCAAGGCCCAACCGGCCCGAUACCAUCUCCCGCCUCGGAUCCCUUUCCGCCAACUGUCUGCCAGUCUCUCCUCUCUCUUUUCGAAAACAAAUUAGACCGUUUGGCUCAUCGGACCGUUGCAAGAUUUCGCCCGUUUGUGUUCUUCACAAACGCAUAUUUAUACGACCAAAUCGACCAAUCGCCACUCCCACCAUCAAAUUCCUUCUUCUUCCUCUUCAUCCCAAUUCAUUUCGGAGCCAAUUUCACCAGAUUAGACCAGAAAGAGAGGGAAAUUAGCCGGCGAUUAACGAAAUCGGAAGAAGAAAGUCAAAUGGGGAUGGGCAGCGUAACUCUGGGCUCCGGCGCCGCCACCAGCGACCGCCACUACAACGUCCACAAGGCCUUCCUCCUCUGCAACUACCUCCUCCUCGGCGCCGCCUCCGCCUGCAUCUUCCUCACCAUAUCCCUCCGCCUCAUCCCUUCCAUCUGCGGCUUCUUCCUUCUCCUCCUCCACGUCCUCACCAUCGCCGGUGCCGUCGCGGGCUGCACCGCCGCCUCCUCCGGCGGCGCCUGGUACUCCACCCACAUGGUGGCCACCGUCCUGACGGCGAUCUUCCAGGGUUCAGUCUCCGUCCUGAUAUUCACGAGGACAGGGGAUUUCCUCGGGGAGCUGAAGUCGUACGUCAGAGAGGACGACGGCGCCGUGAUCCUCAAGCUAGCUGGAGGACUUUCGGCGUUCAUGUUCUGCUUUGAGUGGAUCGUGCUGGUUCUCGCCUUUUUUCUCAAGUACUACGCUUACAAGGAAGGCGAUGGGGGAAUCUCUGGCUCUGCCGCCGCCGGCGGGUUCAAGAGGGGAAAUGCUAGGGUCCACCAAGGUGGCGACGAGGACUUGAGGGACUGGCCCUGGCCCUUCCAAGUCUGAGUAAAAAAAGCCCAUCAAAUUUUUUCUUCCAAAAGCCCACCAGAUAUUGUUACUGUGAUCCUCUCAAUGUAUUGAUUCCAUUUGUUUGAUUGGUUUAUUUUUUUAUGUUGUAAUUUUAGGUAGACUGCUGAUCUACGUGAAAUACUACUACUACUGCAAAUCUGCAAUGGAUAUUUAAGAACUUUUUCAAGGAUAUAUAGCUCUGAAUUUUGGUACUAUAUGAGUUAGUAAUUUCCCUUGGUUAUCACUCCAUUUCCUUGCACAAAACAUCCAUAUGGGUUGUUGUUCGUUUAAACCUCUCUUGUAGAUAGAUUUCUUUUGUUGGGUGUUCCAGAGAAAUUUAACGAGUCUACUCGUUUCAAAAUUUAAGUAGCUCUUAACAAGUUUUCAUACGUGAAGUUGACGACUUCACCCAUCAAAGAGAGAAAAAAUACAACACCAGGAUAUAUAAGAGAUGAAAUAGAUAUAUAGAAAUAAGCAAUUUAUGAACAU